AUGCCCAUAAAUGUGUUUCUGGCUUAUGUAGAUACUUACAUUGGAAGACAAUUGCUUCGACAAUUUGAACACAAACCAACUCUAUUUUCCGUGUAUGGAUGUGUUUGGGAUAACGACAACAUCACAAAUCUUACUGAGCAACACAACUUAUUGGCUGCAGAUGACAGAGUGUCCAUAUGUAGCGACCCUGUAAAACGGCGCUCUUCGGAUCAUGCUAGGCAUAAGCCAGAGAUUGAACAGCUUGAAACUUCAAUGCCAGAAAGGGAUACAUUUCCUACUACAAUGGUUUCUUGUCGAUUUUUUUGGCGACGUGACGGUGCCGCCGUGCAAAAAGCUCUCAGAGAGUGUGAAUGGAUUGUGAUAGAGCAACGAGAGGCUCAAGACGUCUUCGACAUACUUCAUAUUCUUCAAAGUCAUCAAGGACGCUCGCAUGCUUCUGAGGCUCUAUGUUCCUCAGACAAAUUCACAAACUCUUCCUUUUUCCAGAAGCCUAAGAAAUUCGUACUGCUUUCUAACUUUAUGAGCUGGUUUGCAACGCCUCCACUUCACAGAUUAUCGUCCUCGCACAAGGUUGACACAGAUAACACACAGGAUGAAAAAAAUGACGAUUCAGACAUUAGGCUAGAAGAUGAUGAUGAAGAUAUGGAAAUAGACGCACCGUAUCCACCACCACUGGAAGAGGAUAGGGCUUCUUUACUAGCGGAAAACGAUGAGAAUAACAACGAGGAAGAAGACCAGAAUGAUGGGCUUGAAUUCGACAAGAUGGCAGGCAAGAAGGAUAUACUGACAGAGGACCAGUACAACCGUCGCAUUCCACACAUUAAAUACUUUAACUGGCGAGAUGCAGAGAAGGCCGUGGCUGCGGCUCAUCGCGCUAAUGGGCUUCCACUGGAUACUUUUGUCAUUUUUGCAGGCUUGGCCUACGGUGAAGGUGAAGAUAUUCUCGAGCCGUUUUUCCGCCAAGCCUGGAAUGCCACAAUGGAAAAGCAAAGCGGUGAGCACAAUCACACGCUACCGAUUUUCGGCACUGGUGAUCAGCUCAUCCCAAUGAUUCACGUAAAAGAUUUGGCAACAUUUACGCGAAAACUUUUGUGUAGUCCAUCUCAAAUACUACACUCCCAGCGAUACAUCUUUGCCACGGACAGCGACACGCAGCUCUCAUGGAGCACAAUUGUGAAAGCCAUCAAUCAGGCGUUUGGUGGUGCUUGUGCGUUGCAGAUGGUAAAGCCAGCUGAAAAUCCUUUGUAUAACAAUAUUGAACAUUUUACAAUUGAUUUGUGUCUAGAACGUGGUGCAAUUAAGACUAUCAUGGAAAUGGAAGAGGAUGCAUUGAUAAUGAAAGGAGGAGCACGGCUCAAGUUUGAUGCAAACGCUCAGUACUUGAACGAAGUCAUGAACAACGAAACGAAGGAAAUGGAUUCGUGGGUUUCUGAGGGUGGCUUCAAGCAAAAUAUUGAAAAAAUUUCUUUGGAGUUCCGCGUCGAACGGAACGUAACCCCAAAACGUGUACUCGUGCUUGGACCUCCACUCUCCGGCAAGUCCUAUCUCGCGGCCAUGUUAGCGCGUUAUUACAAGAUACCUGUGUUUCGUAUUGAAGACGUUGUAGAGGCUUUUCGAGAACAUUUACGUGAAUGUAAGAAAAAGUUAGAGGACUACCGCACCGAGUUGAUCCGAGGUGAAGAGGAGCGUCGGCUAUCAAUUAAGACAAGUCGCAUAAGACGGGCGGCGCGGCUUCGGAAAAGGAAAGCCAUGCUUGCGGAACAACAGCAGACAGCGGGAGAGGAAGGUGGCCAAGAAACAGAAGAGGAAGGAAGGGAUAUAGCUCAGAAAAGUGGAAAGCAGCAACUUGCAUACGCCACUGGUGGGAAAGACGUCCAAUACGGGCACGCGUAUGGUACAGGCGGGGCAACUGACGACGACGACGGUGAGAACGACCUUGCGCCGCCCUGUACUCUCUCGCUUGAGGAGCUAAAGGAGGUUGAGCAGGUUAUAGAGGAAAAAAUAGCAAACAGUCCUUUAGUGGAGCGGUGGCGCAGUAAAAUUGCGGAGAUGGAGCGUAUCUUGCUUAUGAAGGUGAGACUUUCAACAAUGGGUGCGGCUGAUGAUCUUGCCAAUGCCGCUACCACCAGCAAACGUGCAACCAACAAGUCAAGUUUAUCUAAAAAACGACUUGCAAAGGAACAACAGCGAAAGAAAGAGGAGGAGGAGCUGCAGCAAGCCAAGGAGGCCCUUCAGGAUGCCCCUUUUCAGGACCAAGGGCUUGCUCUGAUGCUGAGGUGGCGACUAGCUUGGCCAGACUGUCGGAAUCAAGGCUAUAUUCUUGUUGGCUUUCCGCAAAAUUUGCAGCAGGCACGGUACAGCUUCGGUUGCGAACCUCUUAUUGCACCUGCUACGGAGGAUGAGGCACUUAACCCGCGUUCCACCGCGCCGGCGCAGAGUAGCGACACGAAUAACGAGAGUGAAGAAGCGGCUGAUGACCAGCAUGUGCCCCGGAAUCAAGAGCUCUCGGACGAAGGUCGUCUUCCAGAUGAUGUCCUGAUACUAUGUGCGGACGAUGAGUAUCUUCUCAAACGUUGGAAUGCCUUGUCUGGGCUCAAAGCAUUUAACCCCUUUACUGAGACAUGUUCGGGUGACAACCCCAUCACCGGAAAUUCAGGUGUGCUUCCUCCAAAUGAUAGCGGAAUGGAAGUGUCAGCAAUUUGGAAAAAAAAUACAAUGCCUUCCUGCCUGAUGUUAACAGGUGAAUCAAAAAAAAAGACACUUGAGGCUUUUAAUGAAGAGCUUGAGGGGUUCAAGCGGAGAUUCGGCACUACUUACGAUGCAAGUGUUACCAGUCGGAAACGAAGCGGUAGUGUGGUUACGUUGAAGUCCGUCAAUGGACAAUCACACAAUAUGCUCAACUAUCUCGAAUGUGCUGUGACGGUUUCAACCGGUAUCACUUCAGGCGGUCGUCGCAUCCGAAUUCACCAGGUUAGUGUUCAAAAAGAGCCGCUGAUUCCUCCGCCAGCACCAAGCUCGAAAUACGAACUUCCCCCGGCUAGUGCUUUGGAGCUCACAGCGCAGCAAAAGUUGGGUCCACCCCAUUAUUUUGGUAAAACGCCGUUAGAGGUGCACCAAGAAACGGUUCGACGUGUGCGCUUGGAAGAGGAAAGGAUUAGUGAAAAGAAGCGCCUCGAGCAAGAGGCCCGCAAUCGCGAACAAGAGGCAUAUGAGGAGGAACUUAUCACCCGUGAAAGCGCCAACAACGAUUUGCUUGCUAUCCAAACUGCAGAUUACGCUGCUCUUGAGGAGCGGAAGGCUCCCCUCCGAAAAUUUCUAAUGAAGCAGGUGAUGCCCUUGCUUAGCAAAGGUCUGGUUGAGGUCUGUGAGCGGCGUCCUGAGAACCCAACCGAAUAUCUAGCCGAAUGGCUACUUCGACACAAUCCACAUGAUGAAAUAUUUUCAGACCUAUGA